UGUAACAUACGGUUUUUAUAUAUCGCCUACACUGGAUUAAACAACAAAAUAACAAACACAGAGGCUCCAGUUUUACACGAGGACCACUUUAUUUUGUUUCAUUUCAAAACUCCUCUGCAACACAGCGUGACGCCACUUCCGCUUUUGGCGCCUUCAAAAUAAGAGCUCAAGGCAUAUACUGUAUAACAGCUUAUAACAUCACAAAGAGGCACGCCAAUAAAAAUAGGUUACACAAAUAAUACAUUUUAUCCACAGCAACUCUGCGCAAUUCAAACGUCAAUUUACAAAUUAAAUUGUUGUUUCAUGAGGUUCUGCGAGGGGGGGGGGGCAGUGGUUGUUCACGACAAGAUGGCCUCCGCAGGACUUGCAUUAUCUAAAGCCGAAUACCUCAAACGUUAUUUAUCCGCAGACGACGACGCUAAAAAGUCCAAGGACAAACUUAAGAAGAAGCGACGUAAGCCCGCAGGAAAAGGGCUUAAGAUCGUCGAUGAUGACAUAGACUGGAAACAGAUGGUGACGGUGGAAGACAAGCAAGCAGAAGACGACGACGAGGAGGCGCCGGUGAUCGCCGAGGUGAUCGACGACCGUCCUGAGGAGGUGAGGCGGAUGGAAGUCUUUAGAACAGGCUCCAGAUGGAAAGUCAUUGGAGAGGACGACGGCGACGGACCGCCGGAGGAGGACGGAGAUUCUCCGGCCAGAAAGACGCGGCACGACUCUCCCGAGGCGUCCCCGCCAGGCAGAGCUCGCCACGAUUCUCCCGACGUUUCGCCGCCGCGGAGGAAACGCCACGACUCGUCAGACCAGUCUCCUCCCAGGCAGCAGGCGGGGAAGUCGGCAAAGGAGCGGAGUAAAGAUUCCUCCCCGGCGAAGCGUAAACAAACUUCCUCGUCAAGUCGCCGACGUUCGCCAGGAGGCAGCAGACCCGCAACCCGGCGCCACUCCGACUCGGACCAGUCGCCGCCACGAAAGAGGACGCAGAAGGGAGGGGCUUCCGACUCGGACCGGUCGCCGCCACGAAAGAGGACGCAGAAGGGAGGGGCUUCUGACUCGGACCAGUCGCCGCCCAGGCGGCGGGCAGCGUCCGACGACGACCUGUCGCCUCCACGCCGCUCGGGCCAGGCGGAGGACAAACGAGUGCUUUCGGGCCGGAGAGCGGGUCUGAUUUCCUCGGAUGUGCUUCGGAAAGAGAAGGACGAAGAACGCCGCAGGGACGGAGACAACUGGCACCUGGAAAACCAGUCCCGCCACGCCCAGACGGUGUUCCGGGACAAGUCCGGCAAAAAGCGGGACCUGGAAUCGGAGCGGGAAGAAAAGAAGCGGAAGGCUGCAGAAAAAGCUGCAAAGGAUGAGAAAUACGCUCAGUGGGGCAAAGGACUGGCGCAGGGUCACAUGGAGCAACAGAGGCUGGAGGACGCCGUGCAUGAAGCCCAGAAGCCGCUGGCCCGUCGCCACGACGACGAGGACCUGGACCGCAUGCUGAGGGAGCAGGAGAGGGACGGCGACCCCAUGGCGGCCAUGUUGCGGCGGAAGAAGGAGCGCAAGACUCACGGGGUCAAAGACAGAGUCCAGUACAAAGGACCGCCCCCCCCUCCCAACAGGUUCAACAUUCUACCCGGCCAUCGCUGGGACGGCGUCAACAGGUCCAACGGCUUCGAGCAGAAGCGCUACACCAGGAUCUCCGACAAAAAGGCCCUGCAGGAGGAGGCGUACAAGUGGAGUGUGGAGGACAUGUGAAGACUUCUCUCAAAAUAAUGAAUUGCAGUGAGUGGAGAGGAUCACCACUCCAAGAUGGCGGCCCUGCGUCUCGUCAGCGCCAAUAGGUAGUAGCGCUCCAUGCUGUGUACUCUUAGACCAGGGGUCACCAACGUGGUCGCCCGUAAGGACCAGAUGAGUCGCCCGCUGGCCUGUUCUAAAAAUAGCUCAAAUAGCAGCACUUACCAGUGAGCUGCCUCAAUUUUUAAAACUGUAUGUAUUUACUAGCAAGCUG